AUGCCUUUCGCCAACUACGCCUGGGGAGCGCAGCCUUCGGGCGCGUCUCGCUACGGUGAGGUCUCUCAGCAGCCGGCAAACGCGUUUACCUACGCGUUGCCGCCGUUGAAGGGUGUUGGUUCGGUCGACUAUGCUGGUGGUUACGCCUCCUGGGGUGAGCAAGCUUACAUGAAUGACGCUCACGCCCAGAGGUAUGGGGCAGGUUCUCAGUACCAAAGUGGCGGGUACUACGGUGGGUAUCAACAGGAGCAGUACGGUGGAAUGGAGAAGGUGGUGAAGCAUGAGGUGGUUGAAGAGCAGCCGGCCGAGAAGGUCACUGGUGGUGUCUCGGCUGAGCUUGAUUAUGAGGUUGAGGAUAUGGCCGAAUUCGUUGCCUUGAUGACGGUUGCUGUUACCCAGCACCCUGCUCAGGCUUCGCCGGCGUUCAAGAAGUUCGCCUCCCAGGUCUUGGCCGCGACGAGGUUGCCCAGUGCGACCAUCCUCCUGUCCUUGACCUACCUUUCCGCGCGCAUGGCUUUGCCAUCUGCGGACGAGUUCUUGCCUGCGUCUUCUCGCGACCUGUACCGUCUCUUGACGGUCUCUUUGAUGCUCGGUAACAAGUUCUUGGAUGACAACACCUUUACCAACAGGUCUUGGGCUGAUGUCUCCGGACUUCCCAUCGAGGAUGUCAACAAGCUUGAGAAGGACUGGCUUAAGGCUAUUGAGUGGAACUUGCACCUUGACCGUGCUGGCGAGAAAGGUUGGGAUGCCUGGAUGGCCGCGUGGAUUUCGUGGAGUGAGGAUCGCAUGAUUGCCCGCGAGAGGGCCGAGAGGCAGCGCAAGAUGGAGCAGUUCGCCGCACAAUCUCCUCCUGCGUUGUCUCCCUAUCAGGCGUCCAGCCCAUGGUUCGAUGACUCUGCGUCUACCGCUCCGAGCACUCCUCUUUCGCACAGAAGCCAAGGUUGGCCCUCUGCGCAGAUGCAGCAACAACAUGCCACUCAGUGGUCGGCCUAUCAACAGCCCUUUCAGCUUUCGUACCAGCCUCUUCCUCCCCCGUCUCACUUUUACAGUCAGUACGGUUACGGAAACCAGGGUUCUUUUUACGAGAAUCCCUUCGGCUGGAACAACGGCAUGAGGGCCGCUGUCGGUGCAUAA